ACAAUCUCCAUCAAAACAAAAAAAAAUCAAAGAAGAAGAAAUCAAGAAAUAAAGAACGCAAACACAACAAGUGAAACAAAUGGAUUUUGGAAGGUUCCCUAUAAUCUCAAUCCUCGAAGACAUGCUCGAAGUCCCCGAGGAACACAACGAGAAGAACCGCAACAACCCCUCUCGAGCAUACAUGCGGGACGCAAAGGCCAUGGCGGCUACACCAGGCGACGUGAUCGAGCAUCCGAACGCGUACGUUUUCGUGGUGGACAUGCCUGGGAUCAAAGGAGACGAGAUCAAGGUUCAGGUGGAGAACGAGAAUGUGCUUGUGGUGAGCGGAGAGAGGCAGAGGGAGAACAAGGAGAGCGAAGGCGUGAAGUACGUGAGGAUGGAGAGGAGAAUGGGUAAGUUUAUGAGGAAGUUUCAGCUGCCUGAGAAUGCAGAUUUGGAGAAGAUCUCUGCUGUUUGUCAUGAUGGGGUUUUGAAGGUAACUGUUGAGAAGCUUCCUCCUCGUGAGCCUAAGAAACCAAAGACUAUUCAGGUCAAAGUGGCUUGAGUUUGUUGAUGAUAUGUGUGUUUGGUUCUCGGGUCUGAAUGUAAUGGGAAUGUGAGGGACUGCGUGCUGUGUGAUCUAAGAUGUAAUAAAAGUGUCUGCUCUGUUUUAAUUUUUUUUUUUUGUUUAUUUUAAUUAACGAGGUCGGUUUUAAGCAUC